AUGGGUGCUCCUCCACAUGGGGGAAUUGCUUAUGGCCUGGAUAGAUUGGCUAUGUUGUUGGCUGGUGCUAAUUCCAUCAGGGAUGUCAUAGCUUUCCCAAAGACAACAACUGCUCAGUGUGCCCUUACUAGGUCACCAUCAGAGGUGGAUCCUCAACAGCUCAGAGAUUUAUCUUUCCGCACCCAAUAG